AUGGGCAACGAGGCGAGCCUGGAAGGGGCCGGGCUCCCGGAGGGGCUGGCGGCGGCGGCGGCGGCGGCGGCGGCCGGCGGCGGGGCCGACGGGGCGGGGAGCUGCCCGCUCGCCGCGGGCCCGGCGGGCGUGGAGGCGGACCUGAGCCGGCUGAGCGACGAGGAGCGCCGGCAGAUCGCCGCCGUCCUGUCAAGGGCGCGGGGGCUGCCCCCGGGAAGCGUGGCCCCGGCCGCGGCGGAGCCGCCUCCCUUGCACAGGAAGCAAGAAUUGGAUAGUAGUCAUCCUCCAAAGCAACCAGGAAAACCGCCAGACCCUGGACGUUCAGCUCAGCCUGGUCUCAGUAAGAGUAGAACCACAGACGCUUUGAGGUCAGAGCAGAAGUCACCUGGACGGAGUCCUUCCACUAUUAGCUUGAGAGAAUCAAAGUCCCGAACUGAUCUGAAGGAAGAGCACAAGUCUAGUAUGAUGCCUGGCUUCCUCUCAGAGGUUAACCCUUUAAGUGCUGUCUCCUCUGUUGUAAAUAAAUUCAACCCUUUUGAUUUGAUAUCAGACUCUGAUGCAUCCCAGGAAGAAACUGCCAAGAAACAAAAAAUAGCUCAGAAAGAGCAAGGAAAACCUGAAGGAAUCACAAAGCCUCCAUCACAACCGUCACCUAAGCCAGGUCCUAAGCAGCAAGGACCUGUGAGGGUCCCACCACAGCAGGAUGGCUCUCCCAAAUCAGUAACUUCUCAGCAACCAGAAAAAAUGAAAUCACAACCUCCAGGGACAGUAAAGCCAAUUCAGGGGCUUACCCAGGCACCUCAGACAGACCAGGCACAAUUGCCACCUCAAAGAGAUGCAACCAGGCCUCAGACUAAACAGUCAGACACCGUGAGGGGAGAAUCUGUUAAACCCUCAGUGCAAAGCCCAUCCAAACCACCUAUUCAGCAAGCAAGUCCUGGAAAACCUCCAGCCCAGCAAUCUGGACCUGAAAAAGUUGCCACACCACACCCUGGGCCUGCAAAGCCCUCAGCUCAACAGCCAGGGACAGCAAAGCCCCUAGCCCAGCCACCAGGGACAACAAAGCCUGCUCCUCAGCAGCCUGGGACAAAGUCUCCAGCUCAGCUUGUUGGGCCUGCAAAGCCUCAAGCUCAACACACUGGGUCAGAGAAACUUCCAUCUCAGCAGCCAGGGCCCGCAAAGCCCCUACCCCAACAGCCAGGGCCAUCAAAAUCCCCAGCUCACCAACCUGGGCCACAGUCUCUGGCUCAGCCACCUGGGCCUACAAAGACUCCAUCUCAGCAGGUUGGGCCAACAAAGUCUCUGGCUCAGCAGCCUGGGCCAGGAAAAAUGCCAGCUCAGUCUCCUGGCCCAGCAAAACCCCCUCAUCAGGCUGGCCCGGCAAAGCCCCCUCCUCAUCAGGCUGGCCCGGCAAAGCCCCCUCCUCAACAGCCUGGCCCGGCAAAGCCCCCUCCUCAACAGUCUGGCCUGGCAAAGCCCCCUCCUCAACAGCCUGGCUCUGCAAAGCCUUCACCUCAGCAGUCUGGUCCAGCAAAACCCCCUCCUCAACAGCCUGGCCCAGCAAAGCCUUCAGCUCAGCAAUCUACAAAGUCAAUAAGCCAAACAGGAGCUGGGAAACCUCUGCAGCCAUCAUCAUCUCCAUCUGCAGCACAGACUCCAGUACAAGGCCUCCCUAAAACCAUCUGUCCUCUUUGCAAUACCACUGAACUUCUGUUGCAUGUUCCAGAAAAGGCCAAUUUUAACACAUGCACUGAGUGUCAAACCACUGUAUGUAGCCUCUGUGGUUUUAAUCCCAAUCCUCAUUUAACCGAGAUAAAAGAGUGGCUCUGUUUAAACUGUCAGAUGAAAAGAGCUCUAGGAGGAGAUCUGGCUCCAGGUCCAUCAUCACCUCAGCCCAAACCGAAGACUGCCCCUGUUACUCCUGCAUCAGCUGUGAGCAAACCAUCCCCACAGCCACAGCAGAGUUCUCCAAAGAAGGAUCCUAUACCCAAACCGGAUAUCUCAAAGGCACCUGAGUCUAAGAAGCCCCCACCCCUAGUGAAACAACCAACCAUUCACGGUUCUCCCCCACUUGUGGCCAAGCACCCUCCUGUGGCAGAGUCCUCAUCCAAGCCAGCCCCUCCCAAAGAGCCUUUGGUCCCAUCGGAGCAGGCCAAGGUCUCCACGGCUGAGGAUAAACCAAAGCAGCCCAAGACGGUAAAACCAGCCACAGACGUUGUGUCUUCAGCAUUAAUAGCAGCAAAGCCUGAUACUCCAAGCUCUAGAGUGCAGUCAGAGGAUCAAGAGAUAACAGCCCCUCCUCUAAAAACAGACACUGCCAAACCGUCGCAGAGUUUUCCACCAACAGGAGAAAAAGUCACCCCAGUCGAUUCUAAAGUCAUACCCCGACCUGCAUCAGAUUCAAAAAUUAUUUCACAUCCUGGGCCUAGUUCAGAGAGCAAAAGUCAAAAACAAGUGGAUCCUGUUCAAAAGAGGGAAGAACCCAAGAAAGCACAAACCAAAAUGAGUCCUAAGCCAGAUGCCAAGCCAAUGCCAAAAGGGUCACCUCCACCCCCAGGCCCACGACCUACCACUGGCCAAACUGCCCCCACAUCUCAACAGCCCCCAAAGCCUCAGGAGCAGUCGAGACGCUUCAGUCUGAAUCUGGGAAGUAUUACGGAUGCCCCCAAAUCACAGCCCACGACGCCUCAAGAAACCGUGACUGGAAAACUCUUUGGGUUUGGAGCUUCAAUCUUCAGCCAGGCAUCAAAUUUAAUCUCUACAGCAGGCCAGCCUGGGGCCCAGUCUCAGAGUGGGCCUGGGGCCCCAGCAAAGCAAGGCCCUCCCCCUUCGCAGCCACCUCCUCAGGGGCCACCCAAAUCCACAGGCCAGGUGCCCCCAGCGCCUGCAAAGGUUAUACCUGUGAAAAAAGAAACAAAAGCUCCAGUGGCUGAAAAAUUAGAGCCCAAAGCUGAACAAGUUCCAACUGUAAAAAGAACAGAAACAGAAAAGAAGCCUCUGCCUGUCCAGGAUAGCAAAUCUUCAGCAGCUGAGCCUCAAAAGGCUGUCCUUGCCCCCAAAUUGGAGGAAGCCUCCAAACCAGAAUCAACUUGUCCUCUCUGCAAAACUGAACUCAACAUAGGUUCUAAGGAUCCCCCUAACUUCAAUACUUGCACUGAAUGCAAGAAUCAAGUGUGUAAUCUCUGUGGAUUUAACCCUACGCCACACUUGACUCAGAUUCAAGAAUGGCUUUGUUUAAAUUGCCAAACCCAGAGAGCACUAUCAGGACAGCUUGGCGAUAUGGGCAAGAUGCCACUUACACCCUCAGGACCAAAAGCCACUCCUAUGCCUGUCCCUCCAGAACAACCAUCUCCCAAAACAGCAAUGCCUAUCGAAGUAAAAAUGAAAAAGAAGGAACAAGAAGUCAAAAUGGAAGCUGAGCAAAUCAUUCCAGAAAAAGUGCAAGAAAUACUGUCAGUUGAAAAGAUUGUCCCAAAGGCAACCACAGAUCAGAAACAAGAGGGUAAACUAGAGAAAGACAAAACUUCAGCCCCUCCAGAAAAAAAGCCACCCCCUGAAGACAAAAAGCCACUCCCAGAAGAAAAAAAACCACCUCUUGAAGAAAAAAAGCCAGGCUCUGAAGACAAAAAGUUACCUCCAGCAACAAAACCAUCAGCUCUAGAGGAGGAACAGAAACAAGACUUAGUUAAAACUCAAGUACCAACUGCUGAAGGAAAGCCUGCGGGCAGAGUGGCUCCACAGGUGGUAGAGGAGGAGCAACCCCAGACCCAGACCGAGAUGGAAGAUCAACUCCCUGGUUCACCCUCAGGUUCGCCCAAGGAAGAUGAUGAGGUGACUCAAAAAGUGAAAGAACAGCCCCAGGCAGCACGCACGGCGAAGCCACAUCAGGUGGAACGUGGGAGAGAAAAAGCAGAAAAGGAAGAUGACAAAUCAGACACUUCAAGUUCUCAGCAACCAAAAAGCCCGCAAGGUCUGAGUGACACAGGAUACUCUUCUGAUGGGAUAUCAAGUUCACUUGGUGAAAUUCCAAGUCUUAUUCCAAAUGACGAAAAAGAUUUGCACAAGGGACUCAAAAAGGACUCUUUUUCCCAAGAAAGCAGCCCCUCCAGCCCCUCAGACUUGGCUAAGUUAGAGAGCACGGUCCUCUCCCUUCUGGAGGCUCAGGCAAGCACCCUCGCGGCGGCGAAGCCCCACGGGAACAGCCAGCCUCCGGAGGUUUGUUGCGGGCUGCCCGUGGGUUCCCGGGCGGAGACCCCGGCGGCGGGACAGGAGCUGGCGAGGCGCGCGGGGGAAGGGGAGCCUUCCACGCAGGACGGCCGCCAGGACGUCCCUUCCACGCAGGACGGUCGACGGGACAUGCCUUCCACGCAGGACGGGCGCCAGGACGUCCCUUCCACGCAGGACGGGCGCCAGGAUGUCCCUUCGAUGCAGGACGGUCUCCGACACGUCCCUUCCACGCAGGACGGCCGCCGGGACGUCCCUUUCACGCAGGACGGUCUCCGAGAUGUCCCUUCCACGCAGGAUGGGCGCCGGGAUGUCCCUUCCACGCAGGACGGCCGCCGGGACGUGCCCUCCACGCAGGACUACGGAGGGCAGUUGGCGUGGGUCGGGGCCGCGCAGCCCCUAAGGCCGCCCCCCGAGUGCGCGGAGGGCCGCAGCGACAGCGAGAAGCCGCCGGGGCCCCCGAGAGAGCGCGGGGCCGGCGCGGGCUCGUCCAGCAGCGAGGACGGUAGGCGGGAGGACAGCCCGGGCUCCGGGGACGACGGCGGCCUGGGAGGCGAACCCGCCGCGGAUGCGAGCGCCGACGAGGACGCCUCGGGGUCUGAGGGCGACGAGCCCCCCGGCAGCCAGCUCCCGGACGUGCGUAGCUCCGACGGCCGCCCGAGGGAGGAGCCCAGGGGCAAGGCGAGGGCGGCCGCGGGCAAGCACCGGCGAGCCAGCCGCAGGAGCGCCGCAAGCCUCGACGGCGAUGCGGGACGACGCCACUCGUGGCACGAUGACGACGAUGACACGUUCGACGACAGCCCCGAGCCGAGGUACAGAGAGACCACGAGUCAGGACAGCGACGAGCUCAUCGUGGCCGGAGGAGGCGGCCUGCGGCGCUUCAAGACCAUAGAGCUGAACAGCGCGACCGCGGAGCGCUACGGCCCGGAGCCCCCGCGCAGAGCCGCGGUGUUGGACUUCGACGAGGAGCCAGAACUGGAAAUGGAGAGCCUGACGGACUCUCCAGAAGACAGGUCACGGGGGGAAGGGUCCUCCAGCCUUCACGCUUCCAGCUUCACUCCCGGCACAUCCCCGACGUCGGUGUCCUCCCUUGAUGAGGACAGUGAUAGUAGCCCUAGCCACAAAAAGGGAGAGAGCAAGCAGCAACGGAAAGCUCGGCACAGGUCUCACGGCCCCCUUCUGCCCACCAUCGAGGACUCCUCAGAGGAGGAAGAGCUGAGAGAGGAGGAAGAGCUGCUGAAGGAGCAAGAAAAGCAGCGGGAGUUGGAACAGCAACAAAGAAAGACUUCUAGUAAGAAAUCAAAGAAAGACAAAGAUGAACUUCGUGCUCAGAGGAGGAGGGAGAGACCAAAGACCCCACCCAGUAACCUCUCUCCCAUUGAAGAUGCAUCUCCCACAGAAGAGUUACGUCAGGCUGCAGAGAUGGAGGAGCUCCAUCGGUCCUCUUGUUCCGAAUACUCACCUAGCAUAGAGUCAGACCCAGAAGGUUUUGAAAUAAGCCCAGAGAAAAUAAUAGAAGUCCAGAAAGUGUAUAAAUUGCCCACAGCUGUGUCUUUGUACUCCCCAACCGAUGAGCAGUGUCUCAUGCAGAGAGAAGGCAGCCAAAAGGCAUUAAAAAGUGCUGAGGAGAUGUAUGAAGAAAUGAUGCACAAAACCCACAAGUACAAGGCUUUUCCAGCUGCAACGGAACGAGAUGAAAUGUUUGAAAAAGAGCCUUUGUAUGGAGGGAUGCUAAUAGAGGACUAUAUUUACGAAUCUCUAGUGGAGGACACAUAUAAUGGUUCGGUAGAUGGCGGCCUACUAACGAGGCAAGAAGACGAAGAUGGCUUUCUGCAACAGAGAGGGAAAGAGCAAAAAGUAAGGAUUCCAGAACAGAUUUAUGAAGAUCCUAUGCAAAAAAUAACAGACCUCCAGAAAGAGUUUUACGAAUUGGAAAGCUUACAUUCUCUUGUGCCUCAAGAAGACAUAGUUUCAAGCUCUUACAUCAUCCCAGAAAGCCACGAGAUAGUGGAUCUGGGUAGUAUGGUAACUUCCACCAGUGAAGAAAAGAAGUUACUAGAUGCCGAUGCUGCCUAUGAAGAGCUCAUGAAGAGGCAGCAGCAGAUGCAGUUCCCACCUGGGUCCGGUCCAUCCCAGCCCCCCAUCACGGAUGACAUGACAGAAUCUACUGUGGACUUUGACAGGAUGCCCGAUGCUUCUUUGACGUCAAGUGUUCUCUCGGGAGCAUCUCUCACAGAUUCCACCAGCAGCGCAACGCUCUCCAUCCCCGAUGUCAAAAUAACCCAACAUUUUUCAACAGAAGAAAUUGAGGAUGAAUAUGUAACUGAUUAUACAAGGGAGAUUCAAGAGAUAAUUGCCCAUGAGUCACUGAUUUUGACUUACUCCGAGCCUUCAGAAAGUGCCACAUCUGUCCCGCCCUCUGACACACCCUCUCUCACAUCAUCUGUGUCUUCAGUUUGUACCACAGAUAGCUCCUCACCCAUCACUACCUUGGAUAGUAUAACCACAGUUUAUGCGGAGCCAGUGGACAUAGUGACUAAGUUUGAAGAUUCUGAGAUUUCUUCAUCAACAUAUUUUCCUGGCAGCAUUAUCGACUAUCCAGAAGAAAUAAGUGUAUCUUUAGCUCGGACUGCCCUACCGGAUGGAAGAGCGAGUGCUGAUCAUAUCGUGAUUUCCUUAUCUGAUAUGGGACCGCCUCUCGAACCUGUAGGAACUGAACCCGAGGGGCUCAUUGCUGACACUAUUUCCACUGAAUUAUCUACAUCUGAAAAAGACCCAGUGAAGAAAGCCAAGAAGGACACCGGGAAUGGAAUUAUUCUUGACGUUUUGGAAGCUUACAGAGAUAAAAGGGAGAAGUCUGAGGUUGAACCCACAAAAAUUGGCUUAUCUGAAACCGGGUUUGAUCAGCCUCCUUCUCCCGCUAUUGCAGUGGAGGAGCAGGUUCCAGGGACACGCUUGCUGUCUGGACAGGUCUUUGAUCAAGCUAAACCUGCACCUCACUUGCCAUCUGGCAGCCCUUCUCUUAGCUCUCUUCCGACUAAAACUCGUCCAUUCUUUAGAAGUUCUUCUGUGGAUGCAUCAGCCCAACCUCCUCCUCCUCCUCCCCCUCCCCCUCCUCCUCCUCCCCCACCCCCUCCUCCUCCUCCUCCACCCCUUCCUCCACCAACCUCACCUAAACCAGCUGUUCAUCCUAAAAAAAAGGUAAUCGCUACAGCUCCGGUGACCCUAACUCCUACAGCUACACCGCCAGCUGAUGUUGUUACUGCAGCAGAGGCCGCGGCCAUUCCAAGAGGUAGUGGGUUACCUGUAACAAAAAUAUGUACCCCUGCACCUCCUCCUGUUCCUCCUAAACCAUCUUCCAUCCCGUCUGGCCUUGUGUUUACACACAGACCUGAGCCAAGUAAACCUCCAAUUGCCCCCAAACCAGCAGUUCCUCAGCUUCCAGUAACGACACAAAAACCAGCAGAUACACACCCCAAACCGGCAGGUCUAUCUCUGACUUCGAAUAUGACACUAAAUUUAGUGACUUCAGCAGAUUAUAAAUUACCUUCCCCUACAUCCCCACUUUCCCCUCACUCUAACAAGUCCUCCCCGAGAUUUUCCAAAUCCCUCAUGGAAACCUAUGUGGUUAUCACGUUGCCAUCUGAACCCGGGACUCCAACAGAUUCUUCAGCCAGUCAGGCAAUCACCAGUUGGCCCCUGGGGUCACCCCCCAAAGACCUGAUUUCCAUCGAACCAGUGUUUUCUUUAGUUCCUCCUCUGACCACGGCGGGAAUGCCCAGUUCUGCAGCACCAAGCUUGUACCUCUCAGGAUCUCUGGGGACAUUGUCUGCUCUCCCGGUCACAACCUUGUCUUCAUUUCAAGCAGCCCCAACCUCGGGGACACAGUUUUUCACAGCUGAAGUUUCUCAGGCCGAGGUUUCAGCGGCCAGAAGUGCAGUCCCCGGUGUUGGUCUCAGCAGUGUCCCGAUCUCAGUUCCCCCAGAGCCUCUUGCUCUCGACAAGCGUCAGCCUAAGGAAAACGGGAAGGUGCAGCUUGUGGGCGAUGCCAUUGAUUUGCGAACGGUACCAAAAGGAGAGGUGCAGGUGCCUGACAAGGGUGUGGAUCUUUCCGCGGCCACCGUAGAUCUGAAGAGGCAGAGUGCCGCAAGUGACGUUUAUGGCAGGCAGAUUAGUGCUGUCCAGCCCUCCGUUAUAAAUCUCAGCACAACUCCGUCAGCAGCGACGCCGAUGGCCCUGCUCGCGGAGUCGGCACCCGUCCUCGCGGGCACGGCUGGUUCAAGUCACGCUGUGGCCGCGGAAAGCCUGGUGGGCCUAGAACGUGGGACGACCGCACCGCUCCAGCUCACGACAUCAAAGCCCGCUGAGCCCACGUACAAGAUGCCAAGUGGCCAGGCCUUCCCUGCCGCUAGGGAGGACGCGCCGAUAAACUUAUCUUUAGGCCCUUCGGCACACCCGGUGACAUCGGCUCUUCCAAAACCUGUCACUGUGCCUCCUGCUGGUGUCACAAGUGGAUGGACUGAUAGCAUCACAUUGCAGGGCAUCCCUGACGGGGAAGUGGUGGACCUCAGUACAACAAAGUCGCACAGAACAGUUGUGACAAUGGACGAAUCCACUUCGGGUGUGGUGACCAAGAUAGUGGAAGAUGAUGACAAGCCUGUUGAUCUGACUGCAGGAAGAAGAGCCGUAUGCUGUGAUAUGGUUUACAAGUUACCCUUCGGAAGGAGCUGCACGGCACAGCAGCCUGCCACUACUCUUCCUGAGGAUCGUUUUGGCUAUAGGGAUGACCACUAUCAGUAUGAUCGAUCAGGGCCCUAUGGUUAUAGAGGGAUUGGGGGAAUGAAACCUUCCAUGUCUGACACUAAUUUAGCGGAAGCUGGACAUUUUUUCUAUAAAAGUAAAAAUGCUUUUGAUUAUUCUGGAGGCACUGAUGCAGCAGUAGAUCUGACUUCAGGGAGAAGUACUACAGGUGAGGUAAUGGAUUAUUCAAGCAAGACUGCAGGUCCCUAUCCAGAAACACGGCAAGUCAUUUCAGAAGUUGGGAUUAGUACCCCACAGUAUUCCACAGCAAGAAUGACUCCACCUCCAGGAUCCCAGUAUGGUGUGGGGAGCGUUCUGAGGUCAUCAAAUGGUGUCGUCUAUUCUUCAGUAGCAACCCCAAUUCCCUCCACAUUUGCUAUCACCACACAACCUGGCUCCAUUUUCAGCACCACGGUGAGGGAUUUGUCUGGCGUGCACACAGCUGACGCCGUGACUUCGUUAUCCGCUCUGCACCAGAGCCAGCCGAUGCCUAGAUCCUAUUUCCUAACAACAGGUGCCUCUGAAACAGACAUCGCGGCACCUAGUAUUGAUAUCAGUGCCAGUUUGCAGACCCUUACGAUGGAGACUCUGACUGCUGAGACGAUAGACUCGGUUCCCACUUUAACCACAGCAUCCGAAGUGUUUUCUGAAGUGGUGGGAGAUGAAACUGCUAUUUUAAUUGUCCCCGAAGAAGAUAAACAGCAGCAGCAGCUCGACUUGGAGCGUGAGCUCCUGGAACUGGAGAAAAUUAAGCAACAGCGUUUUGCCGAGGAACUGGAGUGGGAGCGUCAGGAAAUUCAAAGGUUCCGCGAACAAGAAAAGAUCAUGGUUCAAAAGAAGCUGGAGGAGCUGCAGUCUAUGAAGCAGCACCUUCUCUAUCAGCAAGAAGAGGAGCGGCAGGCCCAGUUCAUGAUGAGGCAGGAGACCUUAGCUCAGCAACAGCUACAGCUGGAGCAGAUCCAGCAGCUGCAGCAGCAGCUUCACCAGCAGCUGGAAGAGCAGAAGAUUCGCCAGAUCUACCAGUAUAACUAUGACCCUUCUGGAACUGCGUCUCCCCAAACGACCACGGAGCAGGUGAUGCUGGAAGGGCAGUAUGCUGCCCCGGAAGGGAGUGCGUUCUGGGCCCCUGAGGACGCCACCACCACCGCCUCGGCCGUCGUGGCGAUCGAAAUUCCCCAGAGCCAGGGCUGGUACACGGUGCAGUCUGAUGGUGUGACCCAGUACAUCGCCCCACCUGGCAUCCUGAGCACCGUCUCAGAAAUCCCUCUGACGGAGGUGGUGGUCAAGGAGGAGAAGCAGCCCAAAAAGAGAAGUUCUGCAGCGAAAGCCCGUGGACAGUAUGAGGAAAUGGGGGAACCCGAUGACCCCCGCGGCUUUAAAAAGAUAGUGGACAGCGGCGUGCAAACCGACGAUGAGGACGCAGCAGACCGGAGCUAUGUGAGUAGGAGGCGGAGAACCAAAAAAAGUGUUGAUACAAGUGUCCAAACUGAUGAUGAAGAUCAGGAUGAAUGGGAUAUGCCUACUAGAGCGAGGAGGAAAGCUCGAGUAGGCAAGUACGGGGACAGCACUGUGGAUGCUGACAAGAGCAAACCCCUUUCCAAGGUCGCCAGUAUAGCAGUUCAGACAGUAGCCGAGAUUUCUGUGCAGACUGAACCCGUUGGAACCAUAAGAACACCGUCAGUACGCGCACGCGUGGAUGCCAAGGUAGAAAUAAUUAAACACAUUUCAGCCCCUGAAAAGACUUACAAAGGGGGCAGCUUAGGAUGUCAAACAGAAGCAGAUUCAGACACACAGAGUCCUCAGUAUCUGAGUGCCACCUCUCCACCCAAAGACAAGAAACGCCCAACACCUUUAGAGAUUGGUUACUCAUCUCACCUUCGGGCAGAUUCCACAUUACAGCUGGCUCCUUCCCCACCCAAAUCUCCAAAAGUCCUUUAUUCACCCAUCUCACCACUUUCACCAGGCAAAGCCUUAGAAUCAGCCUUUGUACCUUAUGAAAAACCCCUCCCUGAUGAGAUAAGUCCACAGAAAGUACUUCAUCCAGACAUGGCUAAAGUGCCCCCAGCAAGUCCUAAGACAGCCAAGAUGAUGCAGCGGUCCAUGUCUGACCCCAAGCCUCUGAGUCCAACAGCAGAUGAAAGUUCCAGGGCUCCUUUUCAGUAUACCGAGGGCUACACGACAAAAGGUUCUCAAACCAUGACACCUUCUGGCACCCAGAAAAAAGUUAAGAGAACUCUGCCAAACCCACCCCCUGAGGAGACCUCUACAGGCACUCAGUCAACAUACAGCACAGUGGGUACAGUUUCCAGGAGGAGGAUCUGCAGAACCAACACAAUGGCACGAGCCAAGAUUCUCCAGGAUAUAGACAGAGAGCUUGAUCUUGUAGAGAGGGAAUCUGCAAAGCUGAGAAAGAAACAAGCAGAACUUGAUGAGGAAGAAAAGGAGAUUGAUGCAAAGUUACGGUACCUGGAAAUGGGAAUUAACAGGAGAAAAGAGGCAUUAUUAAAGGAGAGAGAAAAGCGAGAGCGAGCCUACCUCCAGGGAGUAGCUGAGGAUCGGGAUUACAUGUCUGACAGUGAAGUGAGCAGCGCCCGACCAACCCGAAUAGAAAGUCAGCAUGGCAUCGAGCGACCAAGAACUGCUCCCCAAACUGAAUUCAGCCAGUUUAUACCACCACAGACCCAAACAGAAUCUCAGCUAGUCCCUCCUACAAGUCCUUAUACACAGUACCAAUAUUCUUCCCCUGCUCUUCCUACCCAAGCACCCACUCCAUACACCCAACAGUCCCAUUUUCAGCAACAGACUUUGUACCAUCAGCAAGUUUCACCUUAUCAGACUCAGCCAACAUUUCAAGCCGUGGCAACAAUGUCCUUCACACCUCAAGCUCAACCUACACCAACCCCGCAACCUUCUUACCAGUUACCAUCACAGAUGAUGGUGAUACAACAAAAGCCACGGCAGACUACAUUAUAUUUGGAGCCCAAGAUAACUUCAAACUAUGAGGUGAUUCGUAACCAACCCCUAAUGAUAGCACCUGUUUCUACUGAUAAUACAUAUGCUGUCUCCCAUCUUGGGAGUAAGUACAAUAGCUUAGACCUGAGAAUAGGAUUGGAGGAAAGAAGUAGCAUGGCAAGUAGUCCAAUAUCAAGCAUAUCUGCAGAUUCUUUCUAUGCAGAUAUUGACCAUCAUACUCCACGAAAUUAUGUCCUAAUUGAUGACAUUGGAGAUAUUACCAAAGGAACGGCAGCAUUAAGCACUGCAUUUAGCCUUCAUGAAAAGGAUCUGUCAAAAACAGACCGUCUCCUUCGAUCCACUGAAACACGUAGAUCUCAAGAAGUGACAGAUUUCCUAGCACCUUUACAGACAUCCUCCAGAUUGCAUAGUUAUGUGAAAGCAGAGGAAGAUCCCAUGGAGGAUCCCUAUGAGUUAAAGCUUCUGAAACAUCAGAUUAAACAAGAAUUCCGUAGAGGAGCAGAGAGCUUAGAUCACCUUGCUGGUCUUUCCCAUUAUUACCAUGCUGAUACGGGCUAUAGACAUUUUCCAAAAUCUGAGAAGUACAGCAUUAGUAGACUCACACUUGAAAAACAAGCAGCAAAACAACUGCCAGCAGCCAUACUUUAUCAAAAACAAUCAAAGCACAAGAAAUCACUAAUUGAUCCUAAAAUGUCAAAAUUUUCACCCAUUCAAGAAAGUAGAGACCUUGAACCUGAUUAUUCAAGCUAUAUGACUUCUAGCACUUCAUCUAUUGGUGGCAUUUCUUCCAGAGCAAGGCUUCUUCAAGAUGACAUCACUUUUGGCCUCAGAAAAAAUAUUACAGACCAACAGAAAUUUAUGGGCUCAUCUCUUGGCACAGGGCUGGGCACAUUAGGAAAUACCCUCCGGUCAGCUUUGCAGGAUGAAGCAGAUAAACCAUACAGUAGUGGCAGCAGAUCCAGACCUUCUUCCAGACCUUCUUCGGUCUAUGGCCUUGAUUUAUCAAUUAAAAGAGAUUCUUCUAGCUCUUCCCUAAGACUGAAAGCUCAAGAGGCUGAAGCUCUAGAUGUUUCCUUUAGUCAUUCAUCACCUUCUGGCAGAACUAAGCCUACCAGUUUACCAAUUAGCCAGAGUAGAGGGAGAAUACCAAUUGUGGCCCAGAAUUCUGAAGAAGAAAGUCCACUCAGUCCUGUUGGCCAGCCAAUGGGAAUGGCCAGGGCUGCAGCUGGACCCCUUCCACCAAUAUCUGCAGACACUAGGGAUCAGUUUGGAUCAAGUCACUCAUUGCCUGAAGUUCAGCAACACAUGAGAGAAGAAUCACGAACUCGAGGCUAUGACCGUGACAUAGCGUUCAUCAUGGAUGACUUCCAACAUGCCAUGUCAGACAGUGAAGCCUAUCACCUACGUCGUGAAGAAACAGAUUGGUUUGACAAACCCAGGGAGUCUCGUUUGGAAAAUGGACACGGUCCGGAUCGCAAACUGCCAGAAAGAUUGGUCCACUCUAGACCAGUUAGUCAACAUCAAGAGCAAAUUAUACAGAUGAACGGGAAGACUAUGCACUACAUCUUUCCUCAUGCAAGGAUAAAAAUGACAAGAGACUCUAAGGAUCACACAGUUUCAGGUAAUGGAUUAGGAAUUAGAAUUGUGGGUGGUAAAGAAAUCCCUGGACAUAAUGGAGAGAUUGGAGCCUAUAUUGCUAAAAUUUUUCCUGGAGGAAGUGCAGAACAGACAGGGAAACUUAUGGAAGGGAUGCAAGUAUUGGAAUGGAAUGGAAUUCCUUUAACUUCUAAAACGUAUGAAGAAGUGCAGAGUAUCAUUAGUCAGCAAAGUGGGGAAGCAGAAAUAUGUGUAAGACUGGAUCUCAAUAUGCUGUCCGACUCUGAAAAUCCCCAGCAGCUGGAACUUCAUGAGCCACCAAGAGCUGUGGAUAAAGCGAAAUCCCCAGGGGUUGAUCCCAAGCAGUUGGCAGCGGAGCUCCAGAAGGUUUCACUACAACAGUCACCACUGGUUCUGUCAUCCGUUGUGGAGAAAGGAUCUCACGUUCAUUCAGGUCCUACUUCUGCAGGAUCCAGUUCUGUCCCCAGCCCUGGGCAACCAGGGUCUCCCUCAGUGAACAAAAAGAAGCACAGCAGCAGCAAGCCUACUGAUGCAACAAAGGUUGUCUCUCAUCCGAUUACAGGGGAAAUUCAGCUUCAAAUCAACUAUGAUCUCGGAAAUCUCAUAAUCCAUAUUCUCCAAGCAAGAAACCUUGUCCCUCGAGACAACAAUGGUUACUCGGACCCCUUUGUUAAAGUGUACCUUCUUCCUGGGAGAGGUCAAGUCAUGGUUGUCCAGAAUGCAAGUGCUGAGUACAAGAGGAGGACUAAAUAUGUUCAAAAAAGUCUUAAUCCCGAGUGGAAUCAAACAGUAAUUUAUAAAAGUAUCUCCAUGGAACAGCUCAAGAAGAAAACACUGGAGGUGACGGUCUGGGAUUAUGAUAGAUUUUCUUCCAAUGACUUUCUUGGUGAGGUAUUGAUUGAUUUAUCUAGCACAUCUCAUCUGGAUAACACCCCUAGAUGGUAUUCUCUCAAAGAACAGACUGAAAGCAUCGAUCAUGGCAAGUCUCAUUCUAGUCAGAGCAGCCAACAGUCUCCGAAGCCAUCUGUCAUCAAAAGCAGAAGCCAUGGUAUCUUCCCUGACCCAUCCAAGGACAUGCAGGUGCCCACCAUCGAGAAGUCGCACAGCAGCCCCGGCAGCUCCAAGUCGUCGUCCGAGGGCCACCUGCGCUCGCACGGGCCGUCGCGCAGCCAGAGCCGCAGCAGCGUCGCGCAGAGCCACCUGGACGACGCGGGCGCAGCCAUCGCCGCCGCCGAGGCCGCCGUGCAGCAGCUCCGCCUGCAACCAACAGCACAUAAGAGCGGUCAGGCUAAUCAUGCCAGGAAGCAGCACAGACACAGCAUAGCAGGCGUCCUCCCCAUUCAAAGAACUCAGUCUGAUAAUCUGCCUCCACCAGCCAAUGGCAACCAAGACCAAAGCCAGCUAGCCCUCAGGAAGGUGAUGUCUGAUGGACCAGUCAAGCCAGAAGGAGCAAAGCCUACCAACCACCGGCCUGCAGAAAGCUCCGUGUCCACCGGCUCCUCAGGCAGCAGCUUUGGCAGCGGGUAUAGUGUCGACAGUGAAGGGAGCAGCAGCACUGCAGGGGAAACCAAUCUAUUUCCUAUUCCAAGGAUAGGGAAGAUGGGACAGAAUGGGCAAGAGCCCGUAAAGCAGCCAGGAGGAGGAGUGGGACUAGCCGACCCUGAAGUCAAGACUCAGGUAAUGGGAGAAAUCAAGAUUGCACUGAAGAAGGAAAUGAAGACAGAUGGUGAACAACUAAUAGUUGAGAUUCUCCAGUGCAGAAAUAUCACCUACAAAUUUAAAUCUCCUGACCACUUGCCAGAUUUAUAUGUAAAAAUAUAUGUGAUGAACAUCUCUACCCAGAAAAAGGUGAUUAAGAAAAAAACGAGAGUGUGCCGACAUGAUAGAGAGCCUUCAUUCAAUGAAACGUUUAGAUUCAGCCUUAGUCCUGCUGGGCAUUCGCUUCAGAUUUUACUUUUCUCUAAUGGAGGGAAGUUUAUGAAAAAGACCUUGAUCGGUGAAGCCUGUAUCUGGCUUGACAAAGUGGAUCUCAGAAAAAGAAUAGUCAACUGGCACAAACUUUUGGUCAGUGCUACUCAAACCCAUUGAAGAAAUGUGUCUGCUCAGGGCAUAAAAACAGCUCUAAAUAAUUGCAAAUCAAGACUCUGGUUGGAUACUAUUCUACAAUGAUCUUAUGGGUAGACAUGGGAGGAGGAUCAAUAGGCAGAAACAUACUGCAAGCUUUGUGAAUGUUUUGUUGUGGAAUACAGAAAAAAGACUCAAGCGAAAAAGUUCUUCUAUUGGAGACCAAAAGGAGGAGCUUCGAGUCCUUGGAUUGCUGCAAGAAAAACAGUGAGAGCUAUUUUGAUUAUUUAAUGCACACAUCUGUGAGCAGAGUUAAACUAUAGUGAAAGGCAGCUGCUCGAAUAUUAAUAUGGUUUCUAAUGCAAGACAAAGUUAAUCAUUUAUGCAAAAGAACUUGGUGGAAAGAAAAGAACUGAUGUAACAAAUCUCAGUUUUCAGAAGUCUAAAAAUCCUUCUUCUUCAUCUUAUUUUCUCAGCCAACUCACUGUUUUUAGAUUCUGACACAGGAUACAAUGAGAGUAUGUGUUCAAGCCUAGACAUGAGGUGGUUGAGUUCAGAGGGAAAGGGUACUGGAGAUGGAGAAAUGAUGGCUUUUAGAUUUUCCCUCUGCCUAAACGUUAUAAGAGUGAACAAUGCCAACUUUGGAAUUCACGUUGUGAAAGCACAUUUGUCAUUUGUAUAAUUUGAAAUGAUGUAGAGUGAAGAUAAUACUGAGUAGAAAUGGAAUUACAUUUAUCUAGAAAUGAAGCCAUGAUUGGCUAACAAAGAAUGUUGCCCCACAAAACUAUUGGAAUCUUGGCUGAAAAUAUCAAACUCUCCUUAACUUACCAUUAAGCCAAUACAUUUUCAACAAACAUACUGAAGAACAUAGAUUAAAAUGGAAAGUUCUAAGAUGCACGAUAAGUUGUUCUUUGUGGAAUUGCAAAUAUAUGUUAUUCCACAUAUUUCUUUCCUCUUGGGUGAAGUGUUGAAAGAGAGAAAAUUUAUCCUCGGGCACACAGAUCAUAGGAAUCUGUGACAUGGAUAAAUUAACUUGGCGUCAUUUGCUUCUCUUCCAUAAUACUUUUUUUUUCCUUUACUGCAUCAACCAAUUAUAUAAUGAAAACCCUGACACCAAACUCAAGUUCUUUAGAGUGCUCUAUUUGCCUCUGUUAGUGACAAUAUUGCAGUGAUCCAGUUCAUCAAUAUGAGGAAAAUAAGUGAAAAGUCAACAUUAUAUUGAGAAUGAUAUAUAAUGAGCUAUUUUAUUAAUACAGAAUAAAAAGACCAAUAUCUAAGUCAUGAAAAUGAGACAUCCUCUUCUUCAUCAAGCAACAGUAAAGACAAAGGAAGUAACAUGGAGUUGUAAGAAAUGCAGUCAGCUGGUAUGAAAAGCCUGGCUUCUGUCUUGGUCCUGCCACUGACUAAUUGUGUCACUGAAAGUCACUCUUCCCCAGUGUUCUUAUUUGUAGGAUGAAAAUAAUUAUGUAUUCCUGGCCUUCCCAGUGGAAUGUUGGGAUGAUCAAGCCAAGUGAACUGUGAGGGAAAAAAGAAAGCACAUCUCCAGAUAUAGUUUUAUACAUAAAGUGAGGAAUAAUUAUUAUGCAGCUUUUUAUUUCUCAAAUUUUAUAUGCAAAGACAUCCUCCAUGUUGAUGGUAAGCAUUGACUUGGAUAAAAGUAGUGUAUUAGCUUCAAAACUAAUUUUUUCUUUAAAAUGCAAACGUGUUGAACCUGAGAAAAGGUGAAGAAUUAAAUCAAAAUGAUUUGCAGAUUGGGGUAUGAUAAAUGAAAUGAAUCAUACCAAUCUUAUAUUAUUCCCAUAUCCUACCCCAAAAUAAACUGCUUCUGAGUUUAAGCUGCCUCUUUAUUCAAAGGUAAGAUUUUAGUGGGUUUAGACAAAUCAUCUCAAUAUGUUACUUGGAUAUUGAAUUUUCUCAUUUUUCAAGAAAACAUACUUUAAAUUUGAGAGAAAUUGAUUAAAUGUAACACAUGAAAAAUAAAACAAUUUCUAAUAAAUUCCAGGCUAUAUAUCUUUAUUACAUUCAUAAAAAAAUACAAAUUCACUCUUCCCCAAUCCAAGGAAGAAAACACUUUUCUUCCCUCUGUGUUUUUAAUCUGUCCUGCCUGACAAUGCAGUGUCAUUUACCACUGAUACCGCUCUAAAAUGAGCAUGCAGGGAGGGUAUCGCUGAAGAUUUGAUACUGCUAGGAUUUUAUUUUUAGAGACAACUAGAUCUGCUGAUGGUUGCUAUGGAUAUUUCCAGCAGAAGUUAGCACUUUAGGGAGUUUGUAAUCAUCACUCAUAGUUGGGGAAGGGAAGGAUUCAGGAAGAUCUCUUUCCAACAUAAAAAGGUUCUGCUAUCUGCCCUUAAAAGGAAAGUGGCUCACCUUAGGCCUCUUCUGCAACCACUUACAUCCAGAGGUUGUAUGACCAGUAAGCUUUACUUCAUUCCAGUUGCCGUUUCUUUUAGAAUAACACAAAUGAGGUGCCACCAAAACAAAGAUCAUCCCUUGGUAGCUAUUUGAUCUGAAGGGGUAGGAGUCUUUCCAUUAUAGGUGCCCCUUUGUUCCAAGGAACUAGUGAUGGGGCCAGGUCAAUCAAGAGAGCUAAUGACAGGGCUUCUUUUCGUGCACCAGCAUCCCCCUUCAGAGAGCAUAAGAUCCUGCCAAAGUGUGCCAAGUUUGCAGCUGACCAGAAUCCUAAAUUGUACUGGAAUUAUUCUAUGCAACACUGAUCCUUGAACAAAUGCAUUUCUUCUGAAUGAUGUCGAUUACCCUUCUUACAACAAAACCGUUUCUUUUUUAAUUGCAAAUAGGGCUCUUGGCGUUUUUUACUUUUUUGUAUAUAUCACAACACAUAAUUUUACUUUUUAUUUUAUUUUAUUUUUUGGAAUCAGUUUUUUUUUUAAUCCUACUGAUGACAAAGUUUGUAAUCUCUAAUAUGUGACCAGUUCAACUGCAACACCUAUUAUCUUGAAAAGCAUCUUAAUUUUUCCCACAACUUCAUUGAGUCAUCAGAGACUGGAGUUGCUUCUUGGUUUCAAAUCUGGUUCUAAGGAAACUUUUAGCUGUAGAAACAAAAGCACAGAGUGAAUUUUUACAAAAGACGGGGAUUUAUAGAAUGGUCAUUACAGACAUAGAUAAUAGUAUACACAAGAAGUUGGUGUUUCCCCUGUUUUUACUUAUGAUUAAGAACAUUUUUGGUGACUCUGUACUCUUUAUUUACCAUUUCUGUUUAAAAAAACAGUAUCCAAGACUAAGCACCAGUAAUGGUCUUUGUUCCUUAAUGUGCCCAUACUGUAAUUAAUCAUACAAAUCAAUGCAUAUUUUCAGCAUAUCAGUGGAAUUAGUUUUGUGGAUCACACACAUUAAAAUAGUCAUACUGUGGGAAUAUUAUAGCUGGUAACCAGCUGAUAUUGAUUCUUACUAUAGGAAUGGUUGUGAUGGUAGUGGUGAUAGUGGUAGUGACACUAGGUCGGUGGUCAUGUGAAGUAAAAUAAAAUUAUAUACCCUCUUGUGCCCAAUUUAUUAGAAAUUAUUUGAUCGAUGUUUCAUUUCAUUAAGAUAUCAUAAAGAUGUUUAUAGUAUUUUUUUACUUUAUUAUUUAAAUCAUAACUAACAAUAUUUUUAAAAACUUAUUUUCAUUGCUAAUAAUGUCUAAUAUUCCAAAAGCAGCCAACUACAGCUAUAUAUAUGUUUAUAACUCUACAUGUGACAGAGUGAGUUUCCGUCUUUUUGAGCUUGAGAUGGAAGUGAAAGAAAGCUCGAUGAAUAAUUAUGAGCCGUCUCUUUAAUAAUUACUUGCCUUGAUGUAAUACAAAAAUGAAUGAGUGAAAUAGAUAUUCUCAUUGAAUAUGACACAUUGAUGUUUUCUGUAUGUUCCAUGUUGUUGUCAUUAUUAAAUAUACCCAUUAAGUCAAAAUCAUUUAAUCAAAUGAUUCCUUAUCUGAUAUGUAGAUUGAAAGCAUUUUCUUAAAUGGUUACCCUGUACAUAACUAUACAUUUGGUAAAAUAGACAAAGUUGAAAUAUUAAUUUCAUUUGGCAUUCAGCAUGUGAAUCUGAUUAUCGUCUGAUUGUGUCUGUAUAUUUGUUGGUGAUGUGCUCAGGUGCUCCCACUACUACUUAAUGUGUGUGCUAAUAUCUUAACAAAAACACAUCUGAUAUUAAUGGAAGAAAAACCUCUUGUCUGAAAAAGUAAAAAUCUAAUAAAAUUGAUUUCAAAAUAAAAAAUAAAGUACUUGGAGAUAUGUCUUGUUUCUAACUACAUGUUGCAUGCCUUGUUGGUGAUUUGCUAAUGUUUUCUUUUCUGUUCUACCCAAAUCUCUCUGGAAAAAUCUAAUGAACAAAUACAAAUUCUUGGGCUAAAGGUUGUAUAAAUUGAACUGAAAUACAUGAAAUUGUACUAAAAAUGCUUGUAAAUCUGUCUUGAGUUUUACUCUAUGUAAAAAUAUGUCUUGGUUUUGUGAUUGUAUACAAGAUGUAUCUUGAUAACUUAUGCAGAUUGUGCUGUAUAAAAAGGCUGUUGCCUCAGCCUUACUAAUAAAUACUGAAAAUGUCAA